GGGCUGGAUGAAAUCCGUCUGGAGUCUGCCAAUAACUGGUCGAGUUGUUACGCUACAUUCUGGAGGAUGAAUCAGCCGACAGAACGAAGUCCCGCUCCGAGGAAUCUCUCAGAAAUACAGAGGAAAAGAGAAGCUGUAUGCCUAUAAUAUAAUAGGCUGCAUCGUCGAUUUAAUUAGGUUACAUGGACUCAAUAGAAGGCUAAUUAUUUUGGCGGAUGAAUAUAAUUGCAUAGCGAUAGCCUAUUAAGCGGCUUGGGAGCGCACAGUCGCAGCUACAGCCAGCACAUCAAACACAGUCAGCACCGCUCUUCUCGUCAAAUCUGAACGUAGGCUACCUGUGUAAAGGGGUUCGUUUUCACUCAUAGCCUAGAGUUGUUAUUAUCACUAGUGUUCUCUUGCUCAUUGCUGUUGGAAUUGCAUCUUUUCUGAAGAGGUGGUCAGUCAACGACGUCAUUUGGAAGGGAUUAUAUACGUUAGUAGUCAACGGCUGCCGAGUGCAACUAGAUGCGCGUUUUGCAUCGGGGAUUGAAGUGAUAGACUACAUCUCAACCGACCGGACUUCAAGUUGUGAAUAAACAAGACCUUGUCCAGGGCAAAGCAACCUCAAUCUAAAACCCAAUAAAUCUGGGCAAACUCAACUUGUAUUUCGGCAGCAGAGAGAAACUAAAAACCUGCAGAAUGCCUCUUGCACACCUUGCGGAACCCUGGCCCCAACUGGAGCUAGUUACACUGGACUCAGAGAAUGGGCAAAGCGUCACGGAGGAUGGGGUCACACCUGCUGGUCACAAGGAGGAUGACAUCAUCAAGGAGAUCAACAUCACCCACGUGGUCAAGGAGGGCUCAGAGAAGGCCGACGCUCGCCAGUUUGAGCUGCUCAAAGUGCUGGGCCAGGGCUCCUUCGGCAAGGUGUUUUUGGUGCGGAAGGUGACGCCUCCCGACAACAACGAGCUGUACGCCAUGAAGGUCCUGAGAAAAGCCACCCUCAAAGUGAGAGACCGGGUGAGGACCAAGAUGGAGAGAGACAUCCUGGCAGACGUCAACCACCCCUUUGUGGUCAAACUCCACUAUGCAUUUCAGACAGAGGGAAAGCUCUAUCUGAUCCUGGACUUUCUGAGAGGAGGUGAUCUCUUCACCAGGCUGUCGAAAGAGGUGAUGUUCACAGAGGAGGACGUGAAGUUCUACCUAGCAGAGUUGGCCCUGGGCCUGGACCACCUGCAUGGCCUGGGCAUCAUCUACAGAGACCUCAAACCUGAGAACAUUCUACUGGAUGAAGAAGGCCAUAUCAAACUCACAGAUUUUGGCCUGUGUAAAGAGGCCGUUGACCAUGAGAAGAAGGCCUACUCCUUCUGUGGUACGGUGGAGUACAUGGCACCAGAGGUGGUGAACAGGCAGGGCCACAUCCACAGUGCGGACUGGUGGUCGUUUGGGGUACUGAUGUUUGAGAUGCUGACUGGAUCGCUACCGUUCCAUGGAAAGGACCGCAAAGAGACCAUGAACCUGAUCCUCAAGGCAAGAUUGGGAAUGCCCCAGUUCCUGAGUUCAGAGGCCCAAAGUCUCCUCCGAGCUCUGUUCAAGAGGAACCCCACCAACAGACUGGGGUCGGGGGCAGACGGUGCAGAGGAGAUCAAACGCCACGCUUUCUUCUCCACCAUAGACUGGAAUAAACUGUUCAGGCGGGAAAUCCAGCCCCCAUUCAAGCCGGCUGUGGCCCGACCGGACGACACUUUCUACUUUGACUCAGAGUUCACCUCCCGCACACCCAAAGACUCCCCAGGCAUUCCACCCAGUGCAGGAGCCCACCAGCUCUUCCGGGGCUUCAGCUUCGUCGCCCCGGCCAUGCUGGAUGAGGAGGGAGCAUUGGAGCCUGCCAAGCCUGCACCACACCCAGUGGUUCAGCAACUCCAUGGGAAGAACCUGUUGUUCAGCGAUGGCUACGUGCUGAAGGAAGACAUCGGCAUGGGCUCCUUCUCUGUCUGCAAGCGCUGCAUCCACAAAGCAACCAACACAGAGUACGCUGCCAAGGUGAUUGACAAGACCAUGACAGACCCCUCAGAGGAGAUCGAGAUCCUGCUGAGAUACGGCCAGCACCCCAACAUCAUCACCCUGAAGGAUGUGUAUGAUAAUGGGAAGCAGGUGUAUCUGGUGACAGAGCUGAUGCGAGGCGGGGAGCUGCUAGACCGGAUCCUCAAACAGAAGUUCUUCUCAGAGCGCGAGGCCAGCGCCGUGCUCCACACCAUCACCAAGACUGUAGAAUACCUCCACGCACAGGGGGUGGUCCACAGGGACCUGAAGCCUAGUAACAUCCUGUAUGUAGAUGAGUCGGGGAACCCUGAGUCCAUCAGGAUCUGUGACUUUGGUUUCGCCAAGCAGCUGAGAGCUGACAAUGGCCUGCUCAUGACCCCCUGCUACACCGCUAACUUUGUAGCUCCGGAGGUGUUGAAGCGUCAGGGCUAUGACGAAGGCUGUGAUAUUUGGAGUCUGGGUGUCUUGCUGUACACCAUGCUGGCUGGCUUCACGCCGUUUGCCAACGGACCCGAGGACACUCCAGAUGAGAUCCUGAGCAGGAUAGGCAGCGGUCACUUCACUCUGACAGGAGGCAACUGGGACGCCGUGUCGGACGCAGCCAAGGACCUGGUGUCUAAGAUGCUCCAUGUGGACCCCCACCAGCGGCUGACAGCCAUGCAGGUCCUCAAGCACCCCUGGAUCGUCCAGAGGGACAAGCUGCCCAACAGCCAGCUGCAGCACCAGGACGCCAAGCUGGUCAAGGGGGCGAUGGCGGCCACCUACUCAGCCUUGAAGAGCUCCCAGCCCACGCCGGAGCUCAAGCCCAUCGAGUCUUCCUUCCUGGCCCAGCGACGUGUCAAGAAGCUCCCCUCCACCUCUCUGUAGAACCAUGUAGAACCAUGUAGAACCCCAGACUCUAGCUACAACAACCCCAGUCAGUCAGUACAGCAGCAAGUCACGAGACUGAAGAGACAAGCAGACCACCUCAGUUUAACCAGCCAAGGACCACUGACUGUGCUCUGCUGUAGUCACCUCCCCCUGCCGGUGAUAUCAGUCAUCUCGGUUUCCUCCUCGAUAGGCGUGGUCACUGGCUGUCAAUCACACUGGACUAGUGACAGGACAUGGCUGGGGAUGAGUGGGCAGUGGGGUAGCGGCAGGAUAUGGCAAAUGUGUUAGCAGUAUAUUUUGGAUAACAGUUGUGAGCCUUGAGUUUGCGAGACAACCUGCUACCACAGAGGACAUUGAUGACCAUUGUUGAUGUUUCGGUAGUGUUUCUGUUCUGCUUUUGUUUUGAUUGGCUCUCCCCUCAACAUCGCUGUGAUUGGCUGCCGCUCAGCUCUCUGCACGUCUGUCUUUCUGUCUGUUUGGUGUGUUGUUCUCUCUCCAGUUGAUUAGCUUUACGUAUUAAUAGGCUACUGCCAAAUCGAUUUGUUUCAUGUUUUUGCUGUUUUUCCAUUGGGAAAUCUUGAAGGGACUAUGGCACAAAACAAAAUCACAGUCCAUUGCUAUCUUUCUCCUAUUUUGGAUGACCAUUAAAAUAAAAAAACAUUUUGCCAUAAAUGCCUCAUCUUUUUGAGACUAUACCAGAAGUAGCAACUCUGGGUAAUGUAGUCACUGCUAAUGCUUUUUCCAAGCUGAGCGUUUCAAUGUCCAUUGCAUGCCAGUAUGAAAAUGUAUGCACUCACUAACUGUAAGUCGCUCUGGAUAAGAGCGUCUGCUAAAUGACUAAAAAUGUAAAAACAAAAAAAGGAUUUAGUGAGUCCAGUCCUAGGGAAGGAUGCAGGAAGUUGUUUGCAUGGUCUGGUGCAGUGUGACGUCAUGUUGCUUUGUCCUUCUCUUAUCUAUACUUUUCUUGGUGACCUUGCCGAUUCUGAGAAGAAGAAAAAAAGAGAUUGGAGAUAUUGUAAAAAACUAUAUAUAUAUUGUUAAAAAAUGAAUAGGAGGAUCUUUAAUGCCCUAAAUAAGGUGGCAUGUUGAAAUCUGUUAAUUUUUUUUCUCCCAUUGUGUUUUCUUCUUGCCUAUUUUGAAUGCUGUCUUUCUUGUGUUCGCUUUUGUUGUUGCCUGUUGUUUUUGUUAUGUUUUGUUGUUCGGUCCAAAGAAAGUGGUGAUUACAUUUUGUAAAAGGCAUGUCGAGCACACACGCUGUCGGAGCGUCCAUGAUGGACUCUCUUUCCCACAAUCCUCCUCUAUUUCAAUGUUAAGAUGUCAAGUAUGGUGAUAUUGAUUGUCGAAACAAUUGUACUGAGCACUCAAAUGCACUCUCUCCCUUAAAGUCACUGUAAAGCAUUGGUUUUCAUCUUUUACUAAAACAAUAUUGUUUGGGCUUUUCUGAUUUGAAAUUGCCUGUCUGCUGGUUUUAAUCAGGACUUAUAAAGUGAAUGUCCACAGGUAAUUUUUUUUGUCUCCUGUUCAGUUUGACUCUACUACCCGGGUAAAGGUAUUUUCACACUAUUGUGCCAACCUGAACCAAACUGCGCCGGCACUGCUAUUUUAACCUGGCCAGCUCAGUACAGCUUGGUUUGGCUCUAAUGUGAAAAGCCCUUGACUUCCAUUAAGUUCUUUCUCUAUUUUACUUAAUCAUAGGUCAUAAUAACUUCUAGACUAAAGGAUCAUUGUAUUAUUUGCUGUAUUGGAAUAAUACACAUUUGUGGCUAAAGGUAACUUGACCUACAGCAUAGUUUAGAUCCCAUAAGCUUCUUUAGACUUGACCCUUGACUUUUAGAUAUCUGAAGCAUAUCUGUAGCAAUGAGGAUGGUGGGUCGGGAUGGGGUGCAGGGGGUAGUUCACCCUCUUCUGCCACUGCAGCAGUGGGGAUUCAGGCUUAUAGGGAGUUAAAAUGACAUUCCUUUCUAUUAAAAACAUUUUCUCUGCGCUGA